CACCUAUCUCAAAUCCAUACCAACCAACCAACCACCAAAAUGGGCUCCAUCGGCACAACCACCUCAAAACGCCAAAUCACCGACGACGACAUCUCAACCCUCCGCACUCUCCUUGGAUCCAGCGCCACCACAUGUCUGCACACGCCCGAAUCCACCGACUACACCAACUCCAUUAAACGGUGGUCAGUCGCGGCUCAAAAACCCGCUGGCGUCGUCCUAACGCCCACCACGAACGAAGAAAUCGCCAUCGCGGUGAAAUACGCCGUUUCCAACGGCAUCGACCUCGCCGUUAAAGGCGGCGGACACUCCACCGCCGGCGUCAGCAGCACCUCCGGCGGCCUAUUAAUUGAUCUGAACGCCAAACUCCGCUCCGUCACCGUCGACAUGACCAAAAAACAACUUCGCAUCCAAGGCGGCGCCACCUGGGGCGAAGUCGACCAAGCCGGCGCCAAACAUGGUCUCGCUACCGUAGGCGGUACAGUUGCAGAUACCGGUGUCGGAGGAUUAACCCUCGGUGGCGGAUACGGGUUUCUCAGCGGUCAACGAGGUCUUGUCAUUGAUAAUCUCGUCGAAGCCACCGUUGUGACUGCAUCCGGUGAGAUCGUGACUGCUAGUAAGACUCAAAACGCGGACUUAUUCUGGGCUCUGGCUGGUGCGGGACAGAAUUUCGGUGUUACGACGGAAUUUGUCUUGCAGGCGUAUGAGCAAGGUGAUGUAUGGGCUGGAUUAUUGAUCUUCCCGCCUGUGAAGGAGGUGGUGGAGAAGGUUGUGGCUGCGAUUAAUGAUCUCUAUACCGCUGAUGCGAAUGGUGUGACGAAAGUCGCGGGCCGGGGGUGUGGUGGGUUGGCGCUCAUGCGUCCACCUCCCGAUCAUGCCCAGGUGGUCUUGGGUGUACAGGUCAUUUACUUUGGGACGGAAGAGCAAGGGAAGGAAAUGUUCAAGUCGUUAUAUGAGAUUGGGCCGCUGGCGGAUACCACGGCGGUGGUUCCUUAUCCAACGGUGAAUAACCUGUUGGCUCCGCCGAUUGGCAUGAGAGCGAGUAUGAAGGGUGCGGCGUAUGCGAUGCCGAUUCGGCCGGAAUAUGUCAAUGAGAUGGUGGGUGAGUUUGUGCAGUUUACGGAUGGGAAUGAUGAUGCAAAGGGAAGUAUUCUCAUGUGGGAAUUGUAUGAUGCGGCGAAAGUGGUGCAGUUUCAGGAUAACGGCAGUUUUGCGAAUAGGGGUUGGCAUUUAAAUGGGUUGAUUUUGCCCAUGUGGACGAAGGAAGAGAAUGAUAUGAAAUUCAGGCAGUGGGCGAGAGAUAUGAAUGAGAAAUUCAAGAAGGAGUUGGAAAUUGCGGGACUUGAGGCUGGGAAAGGGGUUGAGGGUGGUGUGGGUGUGAGAGGUUCAAAGGGGGCGGUGUUGUUGUAUGGGAAUUAUGAUCAAUAUGAUGAAAAGUCUCGCGACAUCUUUGGCGACAAUUACCCCAGGUUGCAGAAGUUGAAGGCAAAGUAUGACCCUACCAAUGCCUUUGAUAAGCUGUUUGCAAUCACUCCGGCCGCUUGAUAUGGGUUCUUUGACUAGAACGAAGGGUCAGAUCUGUCAGAGAUAGAUGAUGGCACCGUGAUAGACCAGACAAAACUGAAGAAAAG